CGAUAAGAGAACCUUCUUGCCUCAGCCACGCAACUUGCCGGUCAGCCCAAGGCUGAGAUCCAUGCCUGCGACAAGAAUUAUCCACAUCCGAAAGUUGACAAUCGCGAAACCACGCCACCAGCCAACGAACGACUCGACGGCGCCGCCAACGUCGACGCGCAUCGAACCAGACUCCAUCAACGCGCUCGAAUCAGCACAACCUCAACACCGCACACUAUGGCUCCCCAGAUAAAACAGGACCUCAAUAGGUCGGGCUGGGAGUCGACCGACUUCCCGUCCGUCUGCGAGAGCUGCCUCCCAGAAAACCCCUACGUCAAGAUGAUGAAGGAGGACUACGGCGCCGAGUGCAAGCUGUGCACCCGGCCCUUCACCAUCUUCAGCUGGAGCGCCGACCGCGCCCAUGGCCGGAAGAAGCGCACCAACAUCUGCCUUACAUGCGCCCGCCUAAAAAACUGCUGCCAGUCGUGCAUGCUCGACCUGUCCUUCGGCCUGCCCAUCGUGGUGCGCGACGCCGCCCUCAAGAUGAUCGCCCCCGGUCCGGGCUCCGAGAUCAACCGCGAGUUCUUCGCCCAGAACAACGAGAAGGCCAUUGAGGAGGGCCGCGCCGGCGUCGAGGAGUACGAGAAGACGGAUGAGAAGGCCCGCGAGCUGCUGAGGCGGCUAGCCCAGAGCAAGCCGUACUUCAGGAAGAGCAGGGGCGUCGACGAGGAUGGCAACCUGGCGACGGGCCCACCUGGGGGUCCCAGCAGCAGAGGAGGCAACGCAGCUGUCGGUUCCGGAUCCGGUGGCCCGGGCCCCAUCCGCACGCGUGACUCUAGGGCUGCUGCCGCUUCAGGCAGCUCAUCUGGCAGAGGAGGCGGCGGCGGCGGCCGAGGUGGCAGGGGAGGGCGCCGAGGCGCGUUUCCUAGCGCCGCUCAGCAGCCACCGACGGAGAAGGACUGGCUUCCGCCCGACGACACAGGCAUCAUGUCGCUGUUCGUGACGGGUGUCGAGGACGACCUGCCCGAGCACAAGAUCCGCGACUUCUUCAAGGUACACGGCAAGAUCAAGUCGCUUGUCUGCUCGCACAUGUCGCAUUGCGCCUUCAUAAACUACGAGACGCGCGACGCGGCCGAGAAGGCCGCACUCGAAUGCAAGGGCCGUGCCGUCAUUGCCGGCUGCCCCCUGAGGGUACACUGGGGCCGCCCCAAGGCCGUGGGGACAAUGAACAGAGAGGAGCGGCUGGACAUGUUGCGCGAUGGUCGGUCCGCCUUUACGCGCGCAUCGCCGAGAGGAGGCCGCGGGGGUGCCCAAGGCAGAGGUGGUUCGCACAGCGGAGGCGAUGUUGACGGCGGCAGCGCGGACGCGCCCCCAACACCACUCAUCAUUGCGCCGCCCGGUGCUGCCGAGGUGCAAUAUCCCAGUCAGGCCGGGAACUAGAGGUCUUUCGUAUUCUUGUUUCUCCUUUUCGCAAUCCCCUGGCUUGCAGCUGCCUUGCUGGCAUAGCCACUUCUGGCGUUUUGGCGUUGGUUUUGACAAGAACUUGGCGUGACAUGGCAUUCAUCCCAAGGUUUUGAUGCAUCAUGUGUGUUUACUAUGAUAGGAUUACAGCGGGAGUAUCAUACACGGCGUUAUAAUGUUACAGCUGCA